AUUGACAGCGUUCCGGUUUCCGGUUCAUUCCGCCGUGCGCAGAAGUUGCUAGUCACGGGAGCCGUAAUGGCGUUUGUAGUCUCCUUCAGAUAGGGCUGUGGAUGAUAUUAAAUCCACUAGCAUCGCCCUAAAUAUAGGCCUGGUUGACUCCCAGAGCCAUUGAUAAUAAACUGGAACAUCUACUGCACACUAAAAUACUAUGAUUUCUAAUCAAUAUUGAAUUUAUAGGGGGUAAAACUUACAUUAAAGGGAAUAUGUAAACAGUACCAACCGGGUCAAGUUUUCAUUUUGUUCCGAGAAACGAGAAUCUUUUAAUGAAGGCAUUUGCUUGUUUCUGAAUGCUAAGGCCGUAAUUCUGUGGAAUAAAAACACCUUUACUUAACUUGGCACCGGACAAGGACACCUUUCACAAAGGGACUUUUUUCUUUUUUACGAGUCAACUCGCUAGCCGCCGAGCAUUAGCUAGCAGUGCUAGCUAAAUUGAGACGGAGACGACACCACAAUACACCGAUGCUUGGCUGGGAUCUUCUCAUUCACUGACUAUUCAAAGUACCGGUCCAUACUCCACAGCACUGGAAGCGACUUUGGCAUUUUUCCGCUUGGACGAACAAUGUUGGCGAUCUCAAUGGAAUGAAUUGGUGGUGAGGAGGAUUGGACGGGAGCGGCCUGGUGUGUUUAUUUUGUGUAUUUUCUUGCCCUUUUUCUGCUUAGUAACACUUUCGUUUUGGCAUUUGGAGUAGCAACUGUUUUCCUGUGAAUGAAUUUCCUGGACCACCAAGGUCUAGUCGCAGGAGAGGUACCGACGCCGGCGUGAGUGAUGCCUGGGUCGGACCGACACCAUGGAACCAAGAGGAAGCCGGAAUCUAGCAUCAGCGGUGUGCCACACCAGACCCAGGCCCAGAGUCAUACCUCUGUGGGAGACAAGGCGAGCAAAGACGGCAAGGUGCAGUUAAAAUCUUCGAUGUCCUCUUCCUCUUCAAAGCGCAAACGGCAUAAAUCAACCAAACAUAAUCGGGAAUUCUCGGCGACACCGGGACCCGAAUAUUUUACCCUCAGCGAUACGGCGCCACCUGGUGUGAACACACUGAAGCCUCUGGUUGAGUACGAUGAUAUCAGCUCCGACUCGGACACUUUCUCUGACCCCCCGUCCUCCAGGCCUUCUGACAGGGGGGGCGGGGACCGACUUGAUCCCUCACCAGACUACGAUAAAGACGACAUUGACAGAGAAACAUUCGGUGAAGAUAACAGGGGGCACAGGCACUCCCGGAAAAAGUCCAGGGACCCCAAUAAAGUAAGAGACUCUGGGAAUGGGGAACGUGGGUACAAGAAAAAGAGUAGCAAAGACCGUGAGAAAGGCAUUUCUGGAAGGAGCAAGGAGAGGGCAGCCUCAUCAGGACUCUCAUCCAAACACCAGGUCCAGCCAGAGGUCGACUCUAAACGUGGGGAGUUGAUGCUCUCCUCCCAGGUACAGCCUGCAGCCAGUGUAGGUAGCACUACUUCCUCCACAUCAUCAUCUCGCAGCAAGGAGAGCAGCCGCUCAGGGAAGUCUCGGAAAGACAGGCUACAGCGGAGAGAAGGCCGAGGAGAGGGCAGCCGCAGCUCCUCCCAGAGGAACCGAGCAGACAGGAGUCACCGCAAGUCCUCCAAAAGCCACAAGUCAAGUCCUAAGGGCAAGUCCUCAAAUAGGGGUAGCCCCCGCAGGAAAGGCACCUGCUCUGCUCUUUCGCCCAGUCCCCGUAGAGGGGCUGGCAGCGAGAGUCCACAAGGCAGUGGAUAUGGGCAGCAGGGGGAUGAUAGCUAUUCCAGGCGAAGGGUAGCCCAGCAGAGCCCCAGUCCCUACGGGGACAUGUCCCGCCGCAGCAGACAGAGAUCAGACAGCCCCUACGGCAGCAGACACAGGUCCUCCAGCUAUGAGCGGGACAGCAGCCCUUACUCAAGGAGACGUUCUAUAAGCCCCUAUGGUAACCGCAGGUCCUCCAGCACCAGCCCCAUGUCUCGACGCUCUGGCCGUUCCAGGAGUCGCUCCCCUCUGCACUACUCAUCUCGCCGUUCCUCAUCUCGUUCCCGCAGCAAGAGGCAUACUUCCUCUGCCGUAGCAGGAAGCAGCUCCCACAGCAGCCGGCCAGCUAGCCGCUCCCCUCCCUCCUCUCGCCUGCCUCUUAACUCCAGCCUCGGAGCAGAGCUGAGCCGAAGGAAGAAGGAACGCCAGGCCGCUGAGGCGGCUGCUCGUGCCAGUGGUGGUACGUCCCCUCUUCCACCAGUACGUAAGUCUGCAGUCUCCUCCUUACGGUCCACUAAAGCAGAGGCUCUGCAGCCAGAAAGAGACACAGCAGCAGGAGCAGAACCUCAGCCUCCUCCACCGGCGGCAUUACCCCAGGAUGCUUCCAUUAGUGAAGAUCAGGUCACUGCACCUCCACCUUUCUCUUCCACGUCGACUCCAACACGUCCUCCUCCUCAGCCCUCUCCUCCUGUGCCUCCCACUUCAGCCACCCACGUUCCUCCUCCACCACCUCAGGUGGAAACAGGUAUUCCGCCUCCUGCGCCCUCAAAUACAUCCCAGGCUAAAUCUCCAGCUCCGGUUCCUACACGCAGCCCCGUCCGCCAGACCGCGCUCCACAAGACGUCGACUCUGCCUCCCCUACCUUUACCGCCUGCACUGCUAGGAAACAUGCAUGACAGUCCAAAGAAGUCCACUCCUCCUCAAAGGUCAUCCAGAAAGGAGAAGGAGAUUCGCAGCCGGCCUUCUCUCAUCGACCUUCCUUUGCCGCCCACCCUGCCUGGAGGUGACUCCUCACCCCCGCAGUCCCCCAUCCGCCAGGCUCCUUCACUACCCCAGCCAGCCCUGAAGAAGAGACCAAAGAUUUGCUGCCCACGAUAUGGUGAGCGCAAACAUACCCAUAGUGACUGGGGCAAACGCUGCGUAGAUAAAUUUGAUAUAAUUGGCAUAAUAGGAGAAGGCACCUAUGGACAAGUGUAUAAGGCCAAGGACAAAGACACAGGUGAACUGGUGGCUCUGAAGAAAGUGCGUUUGGACAAUGAAAAGGAGGGUUUUCCCAUCACAGCCAUUAGAGAGAUCAAGAUCUUGCGGCAGCUCAAACACCGCAGUGUUGUCAACAUGAAAGAGAUCGUCACUGACAAGCAGGACGCGCUCGACUUUAAAAAGGACAAAGGGGCCUUUUACUUGGUGUUUGAGUACAUGGACCACGACCUGAUGGGCCUGCUGGAGUCGGGCUUGGUCCAGUUCUCCCAUGAGCACAUCCGCAGCUUCAUGCGCCAGCUGAUGGAGGGUCUGGACUACUGCCAUAAGAACAACUUCCUUCACAGAGACAUCAAAUGCUCCAACAUACUACUCAACAACAGAGGUCAGAUCAAACUGGCUGACUUCGGUUUGGCCCGGCUUUACAAUUCAGAGGAAAGUCGGCCAUACACUAACAAAGUGAUCACACUAUGGUACCGCCCGCCUGAGCUCCUGCUUGGAGAGGAGAGAUACUCUCCAGCCAUUGAUGUAUGGAGCUGUGGGUGUAUUCUGGGAGAGCUGUUUACCAAGAAGCCCAUCUUCCAAGCCAACCAGGAGCUUCUACAGUUGGAGCUCAUCAGCCGUCUGUGUGGGAGUCCAUGUCCUGCAGUUUGGCCUGACGUCAUUAAACUUCCCCUCUUCAACACCAUGAAACCCAAGAAGCAGUACAGACGGCGGCUGCGGGAGGAGUUUGCCUUUUUACCUGCUGCUGCUCUGGACUUGCUGGACCGAAUGCUGACCCUCGAUCCUGCGCGGCGCUGCACGUCGGAGCAGGCUCUCAAUAGUGACUUCCUGUGUGACAUUGAGCCCAGCAAGAUGCCUCCACCAGAUCUUCCUCACCACCAGGACUGCCACGAGCUGUGGAGUAAGAAAAGACGACGUGCACGUCAGAGCGGGCUGCCCGAGGAUGUGCCUGUGCCCAAAGUGCCCCGUAAGGAUUCGACAGGAACCUCCAGCGGAGAGAACAGCCGGCCCCAAAGCAGCCCGGCUGGAGCCCCACCACCUCCACCGGGAAAACCGCCUUCCACAGGCAACUUAGAGCGGGAGUUAUCAGAGCUGGGAGCUGCUGCAGAACAGUUGAACCAAGCAGAGUUGGCGGUGCUGAUGAACCUCCUCCAGGGACAGACGGACCUCAGCCUGCCCCAGGUGGCACAGCUCCUCAACCUCUCCAACCCAGAGACUCUCAGCCAAUCAUUGUCUGCCCUCAGUGAGGCCUCUGACCACCAGGGGGCUGCAGAGGACCAGGCCCAGUCUGCUGCCAGGCCCCAGCCUCCAGAGCCACCUCCUGAACCGCAGGAACUCUCGCCGACAUCUGGAGACCCACCGCUCAGCCAGGAAGACCAGGCCAAACUGCUAGCUCUCAUUUUGGGCCACAUCAUCAAACCUCAAACCGAAGAGCAAAGCGAUGAGAGCAAUGGCGUCCAAUCAGAGGAGGCACUAACGCAUGAUUCGUCCGCCUCUACUACUGAUCGCAAGGAUGGUGCAACAUCAAAAAGAAAACAGCUUGGAGACAACCAGGUGCCUCCAUCUGGUGACAAGCGUCCGCCCUCUCCACCGGGGCCACCUCCAUCAGCUCUCCUUGGAAAUGCCCAGCAGGGCGGGUCUGAAACCCAACCCAGCCAAGACAUCAGCCCUGCCGUGGCAGCGGCCUUGCUCCAGCUCAUCUCUCAGCAGGACUCGGAAGCCGGGGCCCCUCAGCGCAGCAAGAAUCCCUCUCCUGCUGUGGAUGCUCUGACCCGCGGACAGCCCCCUCCACCCUGGGUCGCAGACUCUCCACCUAAACCCCCAGCUGCAGCUGAGGCCCCAGCGGGACUGGUGACUGCUGCUUCUACCACUGGCGCACAGUUUCCUAAGGACCAGGACCUCCGCUUUUCCCAUGGAGCUGCCCCCUGACCCUCAUUCCCCCCUGAGACAGACUUAGGUAUCAUGAGAUGGCUCCAGCUUCCUCACCUGAAGGGAAAGGCCCAGGAAGAAUGCAGAGGAAGACCUACAGGUUAUGACUCACUGAACCAUGAGCAGGUAGCUGAAGUUGAAUCAAAGCUUUUGAAAAUGAAUGUCUGAAUGAAAGAGAUUAAGGGCUUUUUCAGGUUGUGAACAUCACUGCCCACCGAACGAGCUGUCAUGUCGUGUCGUGUUGCGUUGGAGGGUGUGUUUGGACCAGGCGUCAGUCUGAUUGGGGAACAGCCAGCCACCUGCAAUCCCUUGCUCUUUCCUUUCCACAGAAGAUCCUGACUUGAAUGAAGUUUAGUGCCAUGCAACUGACACUCAACUUAGAAAGCAGCUGUGAUUUUUUUUUUUUUUUUUUUUCCCCUCCUCCAAAAACAAAUGAUUGUCACGUCUGCUGCAGUGCCGCCUUCUAACUUAUCAGUGUUUAUGGAGAAUGAAGUCACUGUCCUCCACUCUGUUAUGGAGUGGUGCCUGUGCGUAAGUGAAAGAUUAGCUGAAGCUGAAAUACUGUGUAUGGGUGUAUAUGAGGCAAAGAGCGCACUGAGGACCUUGACCUUCCCUUACGUGCUGGCAAUCUCCCCCUUGUUUUCAGCCUUGUGCCUCCUUCUGUGACCCCAGCGACCCCUGAAUGAUCUCAGCCUAAUCGGGGAAGUGUGGGUUAAGUUUUUGCUUUGAAUGGCACCUACAACAGCGUACAUCUGUGGGACUGUAUUUUAUUUCCCCCAAAGGCUGUUCCAUAUUCUGUAGUCCGUCAUCCACCCAGCUGAACUGUGAUGUGCUCUUGACCACAAAGAUAUUCUUUCCUUUACAUACAGCAAACUUCUGUCUCAAAUAUGGAUUAAACCACUACAGUACAUCGACCGUUACAUGAUUCACACGUUAUUCUGCUAGUUGAAGUAUAAACCUAGAAACGUAAACACACACACACACACACACUCUGAAACUGACUUUUCCGGCUUUUCCUGGUGGGCCCUCAAAGCCUCGUAUAACAUGUCAUCGCCUCCCUGCAGCGAAAGCUUUUUCUUUCUUGGUGCAAUUGUUUUCUAUAUAAAGAAAAUUAUACACACUUAAAAAAAAACAAAUAAUAAUGGUCCAUGAUUCUGUUCCCAUUUUUUGCUUUGGAAAAGGAAAGGGAGGAGAAAAAAUGGUUUCAUGUGUCUGUAAAAAGGAAAAAAAAUAUUUUGUAAUAUGUGUUUUCUUUGUUCAGUUUAUUAAAGGAAGUUAUGCGACCAGCUGAA